AAAGGCGUUUGUCUUAGAGGGAGCAGCUAGAGAAGAACAGGCAAGACUGGGGGCAUCCAGAGAAGGAUGGCGCAAGAGAUCGCCUACGUGAAUACAAUGAAGUUUGAAGCCGGUGCUUCCUCUCUAUCUCGCAAGAGAAAGAUCUCCGCCACCAUCAUCAUCAUCAUGACCAUCCUGGCUCUGCUGGUCCUACUGCUGGCCACCUCCCUCAUUGCAAUGGCCCUUCUCUAUUCCCAGAAGGAGAAGAAACUCCAGGAAAUCGAAGGAGUGAUGGAGAAGAUCAGAACCUCCCUGUGGCUCAGCAACAUCUCUCUUUCGCCAGCGGAAGCAUCUGAGAGUGUUCAGCUGCUCCAAAACAUCUCUGAGGCUUUCUCCAAGAUCCAAACACGCCUGGGGAACGUCAGUGCAUCAAAAACCGCUGUCCAGAAUCGCCACAGGGACCUCCUGGCAUUGCUCUCCAAAGGCUGGAGGUUUUACAACGGCAACGCCUACUUCCUUUCCCAAGAGGCAAAGCCCUGGAAGGAAGCUGAGGACACCUGUAGAGCCCAGGAGGCACACCUGGUCUCCAUCACAUCAAAGGAGGAGAUGGAAUACCUUGCCAGGGAAGCCAGAAAGCAGCCCUUUUGGAUCGGACUCUCUGACCAAAAUACAGAAGGCGUUUGGACCUGGGUGGACAGCACAAAGUACGACGAGAAGCUGAGUUUCUGGGGACCAAGACAACCCGACAACUGGCAUGGAGCACCACAACACAAGGAAGACUGUGUUCACGUCACAACACACUGGAACGACGUCAGCUGCACAUACAACUAUAAAUGGUUCUGUAAGAAGGUCCUCUCCUGA